AUGGCAUCAAUAUCGGAGGUAGAGAGCUCUGCAGAUAAGGGUUUUAUUAGCCUUCAAGAACUGGUAAAAGGUCCCAUGAUAACAAUCCCACAAGAUUAUAUUAGGGUUCAUCAAGAACCAGUCUCUCAUCAACCUACUUUUUUACCAAUUAUUGACCUGAAAAAACUGCUUUCUACUGAUCAUCAUGUCUCGGUUUCUGAGAUUCAAAACCUCCAUAUAACCUGCAAAGAUUGGGGUUUCUUUCAGUUAGUGAAUCAUGGAACUAGUAGUUCUCUGGUGGAAAAAGUGAACUAUGAGAUUGAAGAAUAUUUCAAGCUUCCAUUUGAAGAGAAAGCCAAGUACAAGAGUAGACCAGGUGAUUAUGAAGGGUUUGGGAGUGUGGUUCGAGGAGAUGGAAAGCACGAUUGGGCUGAUCGAUUCUUUGUCGUAACUAACCCGAUUCAUAGUCGAAAACCAUACCUCUUCCCAGAGCUCCCUUCAUCCUUAAGAAAUAUACUAGAGUCGUACUUGGAGAAAGUGCAGAACCUUGGGAUGAAGCUUCUAGGGUUCAUGGCAGAAGGUCUGAAAGUGGACAAAGGAGAGAUGGAGGAGUUGUUUGAAAAUGGAAUCCAGUCGAUGAGGAUGACAUACUAUCCACCAUGUCCAGAACCAGAGAAGGUGAUGGGAAUUACACCUCAUUCAGAUGCUACUGGAAUCACCAUUCUUCACCAAGUCAACGGAGUUGACGGACUUGAGAUUAAAAAAAAUGGAGUCUGGUUUCCUGUCUGCUUCCUCCCAGAUUCUCUUGUUAUCAACGUUGGAGACAUUCUACAGGUUUGUUUAUAA